AUGGCGGCGGCGGCGGCGGCGGGCGGGGAGUGGGAGGGUCCGUCGCGGGCGCUGCGGGCCCUGGCCUGGCUCGGGCAGGAGUUCGUGUCCGACUGGGAGGCGCAGGACUUGCGGGCCGCCCUCUUCCAGCUGCUCGUGCUCUGGCUGGUCGUGAGCCUGCUGGGCAUCCAGGUGGCCUGGCGGGUUUACGGGGACACGGUCACCGGCCUCUACUACCGGCAAGGUCCUGGAGGACAGAAUGGAGGAACACCUGAUGGAUCCUCCCACUUCUCAAUGUGGGAGAGCUCAAGCAAUGAGACCAUGAAAACCCAUCGGGAAUAAUGACAGAGCUGACAAAACCAGACUUGCUGCUCCAGGAGCAUAGAGGAUGCCUGCUGGGCCAGAGGCCUUGGUCCUUCAGUGCUGAGGAAAUUGCAGCCAUUCUUGCCCUUUCUCCUGCCCUGGGGCCUGUCUGCUGGCCAACACUGGUGCUGUAAGGAUUGCUCACCUGUGACUGCUCCUGUCUAUCCUGUUAUCAAGCAUGAAGUCUCAGGGUUGCCCUACUCAGGUUGGGGAAGCUGCAGUUUCCCUCCUUUAAGUUGUUAGCAUUCUUCCUUUUACUAUAGCGCUAAUCAUUUUGCAAACCAG